AUGGAGAUGAAGACGAAUGGAUGUGUGAAUGAGAGGGAUGCGAAUCUGGGAAAGGGAGGAAUGGGCGGAUGUAGAGCUGAUGGGAAUAAAGAUCACUGUGAUGCUGUGAAAAAUUACUUUUACUAUUCUCCGCAUCGCAAAAUUUACUUUCUUAUAAUAUCACUCCCUCGUUCAUCAAUCCUAAGACUCAUAGAAAAGAUUCAACUGUUGAGGAAAGGUAACCAACUUCUCAAAUCGAUCCACAUUGAAAUAAAAAAUCUAUGGAAAUCGAAGUAUAAGCGUGCAAAGAAAACAGCUCAGAAAGGCGUGUCUGGUAAAGUUUGGUGUUGCUGUGAAUUUGAGGUUUUAUUGGCAACUCAUAUCUCUCUGUACAAAGUUAUUUUCAUUGAGAAGACCAAGGUUGAAUCUUGGAGAAAAGCACUUGUGGAUGCAAGUAACAUUUCUGGAUGGGAACCCCAACACAUUGCGAACGGGCAUGAAGCAAAAGGCAUCAAACAAAUUGUAUUGGAAAUUUCACAGAGGUUGCAGCCAGUAACUUCAAGUUUAGAUGAGAACCUGAUCGGAAUGGCAGCUCGCUUGCAAGAUUUGAAAUUGGAGUUAGAAAUUGGGUCAGGUGGUGUUCGAAUGGUUGGAAUAUGGGGUGUUGGGGGUGGUGAAAUGGGACACUACAUUGUUAGAGGGGAAAACCCUAACAAUCCUGAAAAGCAUAGUAGAGUUUGGAAGAGGGAAGAUGUUUGGAAAAUAUGCUCUAUGGAUGCAACAACGGAACUAGACAUGAUUGAAGCAAUAAGACUUGAAUUCGGUACUAAGGGUCAGUUACAAAGGUAUAAACAUCUUCCUCCGAUUGUUGCAAACACGAAGAACCUUAGGUGGAUUGAAUGGGAAGGUGAUCUUGCAAGUCCAUUGCUUAGCAACUUUCCACAAAGAACACUUCGUCAUCUAGUAUUAUAUAACAGCUUGCAGAAACAACUUUGGGAGGGUUAUAAGUUGCUGCCAAAUUUGAAGACAAUUGAACUUUGGGAUUUAGAUAACCUAAUCAUGACACCAGAUUUUGAGGGACUUCCAAAUCUUGAAACAUUCAAGCUUGCUGGAUGUUCAUAUUUAGAAGAGAUUCAUCAAUCGAUGGGAUGUUUGGAGAGGCUUGUUUUCUUAUCUGUAGGAAGUUGUUGGAGACUUAAGAUGUUUCCACCAAUUACCCGAGUAAAGAAACUCGAGACCCUUACAUUCUUUGACUGCCCUGAACUUUUUAAGAUCUCAGAGAUCCAACCGAACAUGGAGAAUUUACCACUUCUUCAUUUGGAUGACAGUGGGAAUGAAGUUGCAUCCUACAUAGAAUCUUGUCCAAACUUAUUUUUUGUUAUUUGUUGGAGGUGUGGUUGCAGCAAUCUUCCUGGUGUAGAAUGUUGUGUAGAGGAGCCUUCUUUACCUCACAACAACAUGAAGCCUUGUUUACGUGACAACAACAUGAAACACAUAGGGUUGACGUUUUUUCCCAAGGACUUGAGAAAUUUGAAUCUUAGCUACUGUAAUUUGGGAGAUGAAGAAAUUAGCUCUGCUGUUUAUUGCAAAUGGUUGUGGCAUGUCUCACUUAAGGGGGAGAACAAACUCUGUGAUGGUGACUUAUUACUAGACUCCAUGCUCCAGGGAAAUGCUAUUGAAGAUCAUUUUAUCAAUAUCAGUCUUCAACAUCAGAUUCCAAAGGUGUUUGUGGGUAGGCUGUUUAGGGGGACAACACUUACACUACAUCUUCCUGAUGAUUUGUACAACUUUUGCGGGUUCUUAGUAUGCCUUGUCACCAAAAUAAAAGGACCGGAUAUUAAUAUAAUUAUGAAGCAGGAGGUAGAUGAAGAUUCUGUAUUUGGGCGUAUAAUGCAUGAGCCUAAUGAAGCAACAGAGCCUGAGUAUGAGGGAACAAAGACAUAUAGAAAGUUAUGUUGGAGCUGA